AGUCAGAGACACUCCCCCCCCAUGAACGCAUUAUGAAUCAUAGCCCUGUCCUCUUCCUGAGAUGUCAACUAGGAAGUCAUCAAGCAGACAGCCAAACCCGGGGCAUGUGAAUGACCGGCAGCGGAUCGAGCACAUUUUUCCCCGCAUGGGGCCGGUAGCCGUGGAGCUGUUUUCACCCGUCGGCCGCGGAGGACACUGUUGCGGGCGCGCUCGGGAGGACAUGGCCGCGCGCGAAUCAUAAAUCCAACCGCAUGCUUUGCUAUCUCAAGUGAAAUGUAAAACGGGAGUCGGGCAGCAGGUGAGAGGCCCUGGGCCAGCGGGGAAGCCUUCUCUCACGUCUCCGGCCGCUAUUUUAAAAGUCCACGCUCGGAUUCCCAGCUGGCGCAGAACAAGCUGCGGCUUUGACGCUCGCGCCUCAUGGCUCAGCGGUGCGCUCAGCCGCUCGUCCCCGCCGCGCUGCUGGUGUUGGGGCUGGCUGCCAUCCUGCUCCUCACCAUCCGCACCCGGGACGUUCGGGAGCUGCCGGGGUUCAUGUACGGGAUUGUCCUGGAUGCUGGAUCUUCACACACAGCGCUGUACAUAUACAAGUGGCCUGCAGACAAGCAGAACGGCACGGGCGUGGUCACCCAGCACAGCGAAUGUCACGCUAACGGCGGAGGGAUCUCCAGCUACGUGGGCCAGCAGGGAGCAGCAGGGCAGAGCUUGGAGGCAUGUCUGGACCACGCAGUGAAGGACAUCCCCCAAGAACGGCACCAGCUCACGCCCGUGUACCUGGGAGCCACAGCUGGCAUGAGGCUUCUGAACAUCUCAAGCCCAGAGCUUUCGGUUCAGAUUCUGCAGGAAGUGGGCCGCAAAAUCCAGUCCUACCCUUUCAGCUUCCAGGGGGCGGCCAUACUGAGCGGUCAAGAGGAGGGUGCGUACGGCUGGGUGACCGUCAACUACCUCUUAGAGAACUUCAUAAAGUAUGGUUUCGUGGGGCGUUGGUUCAGCCCCGGAAGGCCCACAGUGGGAGCGCUUGAUUUCGGGGGGGCCUCCACCCAGAUCACAUUUGCUACUCAGGAAGCCGUGGAGGACGGGGACGAUAUGAUGAAGCUGCGCCUUUAUGGCCACGAGUACUCUCUGUACACACACAGCUUCCUGUGCUACGGGCAGGACCAGAUGCUCAAGAGGCUGCUGGCUCACAUAGUGAAGUCUCAAGGUCACUCCGGGUCAGUCACUCACCCCUGCUACCCUGCAGACCACAAUAUGGUUCUAAAGUUGAACAGUAUAUUCGACUCUCCGUGUACUGCGAAGUACAGGCCCAGUUCCUACAACCCCCAGGCUUCUCUCACCAUACAAGGCAGCGGGCAUUAUGAGCAAUGUCUGAGCAACGUGUCCGAGAUCUUCUCCUUCGACAGCUGUCCGUUCUCCCAGUGCUCCUUUGAUAAAGUCUACCAGCCAAACAUCACCGGGAGCUUCAUGGCAUUCUCUGCAUUCUACUACAUCCACUCCUUCCUGCAGCGCACCACCCGUAUCACUGCAAGCACUCCUUCGCAGCUGGAUGAGGCAUCCAAAGCUGUGUGCAGGAUGACUUUUAACGAAAUGCUGCUUCUCGCCCCGGAGCGGAAGUCUCGUCUGCAGGACUACUGCGCCAUCUCUGUGUACGUCAAGGUUCUCAUGUUGAGAGGGUACGGCUUCGACGAGACCUCCUUCCCGCGUAUUUCCUUCCAGAAGAAGGCAGGGGGCGCCUCAGUGGGUUGGUCUCUGGGCUACAUGCUAAGCCUGAGCAGUUUGCUGCCGGCAGAGACAGGAGGCCUGAGGAAGGCUCUGACCCCGGCAGCGUGGGGAACGCUUAUCUUUCUCUUUGUGCUCCUGCUCGCGGUCGUCCUGGUCUUCAUCUUACUCCAAGCUCUUGGUGGGAUGAGGAAAGGAGGGAGUGGAAGCCCCAUCUGAAUACUGUAACACCGCACAGUGCCAGGCGGGAGCAGUCGUUUUCUUGUGUCGUGUCUGUACAAAACCCUGGAUUUAAGAUAAAACGGAGAGAUUUAAGAGCUUCAUUUGAGCUUCAUUUGAAGAUGCAGUCCGCGUCAUGUUCAGGAAUCUAGCUGCAGAAAUUGAUUAUAGUAAAAAUUAUUGUUUUCAGUUGUAUAUGUUAAGAGUUUUUUCCUUACCUUAGAAUAAGAACGGUAUUAUUUACAGACCUACUAAACACUGACCCUAAACACAGUGUUGGAACAGGUCAACCAACCUUUACAUUUGUGGAAUGUAAAAUGUUUUCAGUGUUUUGUAACAAUUCUCUGCUGCAGUAAAAAUAAUCAGACCAAUUUAUUCACCGUUCAAGCUAAGAUUAAAAAAUGUUAUCAGCACAUUUCCAAGUAGUAGAAAUAACCUUAAAGGUUAUGAUAGAAAAAAGCUUAUGAAUAACUCACAUAUGUAUUAAGUGUUCUUGAUAAAUAUAAAACAACACAAUAGUACUGUUGGUUAAUACCACACUACCCUUUAAAAACACAGAAAGGACUGAUGCAUCUGUUACUCAACAAAACUUUCAGCCGAAGAACCGGUAUUACGACAGAACUGAAAAAUUGCAUUUAAUGUACAGAUCAGUAGCGAAAUAUUAAAAUUUAUUUUAUUUUUUCAUUAUUUGUAUUUUACUUUUACUGCAAUAGUAGAGAUCAGUUUAUGUUGAGUCUGGCUGUUUUUGUAGCUGGUGUGUGUGCUGUUGCUGUGCUCCAUUGUUUUAUAUUUAUUAACAAUAAAAUACAUUUAAGCACUGCCAUGUUGGAUUGGAAUAGACACUAAACAUUACAGCAAGUUUAUCCUAUAUAUAUAUACAUAUAGUUUAUGCUGCAAUAUGAGGACAUUCCAAUUCGUACUCCGGUGUGCAUGCAUUAAAAGCUGUGUGCAACUGUGAUAAAUAUAGAUUUCAGUAGCAGCAAUUGAGUGUCUGUGCCUUUUUCAAGAGCUUCCCAAAUAGCCGCUGUGUAUUGAAUUUCUAUGUAUGUCGUUGCACUUUUCCAAUUUUUCUUGAGCUUUUCUACUUUUUCUGCUAAAAGUGGCAGCAAUUUACGAUUUCGAUAAAGUUCGAAAAUAAAUGUAAUACAUUUUAAACUGUACUGUACAUUUACUAGAAUUAGCUAUCUUAAAUGAUUAAUUGAUUUAAAGUUUAUGGUUUAUGUUGUUUUUUCUCUCUGUGUGGUCCAAUGUGUUUUGCCCCAUGUAACAAAAUAAAUGUUUUACUACCGUA